AUGCAUUAUGUGAAUGUUUGUGUGACAAAAGCUCGGCCACCCCAUUGUUUGACAGCGGCCCGUGGUCGAGGAAAAUCAGCUUGCCUUGGCUUAGCAGUAGCCGCCGCCGUGGCUUUAGGAUAUGUCAACAUCUACGUUACGUCUCCACAUCCUGAGAAUUUGAUAACUCUGUUCGAGUUUCUACUCAAGGGUCUUGACGCGUGCCUGUACCAGGAACACAUAGAUUACAACAUUGUUCGGUCAACUAACCCAGACUUCAAAAAGGCGAUUGUUCGAGUCAAUAUUGCGAGGAAUUCAAGACAGACCGUACAGUACAUUACUCCAGACGACCACUCCCUGCUAGCUGCUGCGGACCUGGUACUCGUGGACGAGGCAGCAGCUAUCCCGCUCUGUCACGUGUCUGCGGCCGCCCGCCGCGCGCCUCUGGCUCUUCUCUCCUCGACAGUGUCGGGCUACGAGGGGACGGGCCGCGCUCUCUCGCUCAAACUGUUCGCUAAGUUGCAGACGGAACAUGACGCGCCCGCUCCGAUAAAACUAGAAGAGCCAAUCCGUUACCGCGAAGGUGACCCUAUCGAGCGGUGGCUCAACUCGUUGUUGUGUCUAGAAGCGCCAGCCCCGUCACCCGGAGCGGGCGCCCCACCUCCCGCCGCCUGUGAGCUCAUGCGGGUCAACAGGGAUGCGCUGUUCUGUUACCACAAGGCGGCCGAGGCAUUCCUGCAUCGACUAGUCGCGAUCUACGUUGCGAGUCAUUAUAAAAACAGCCCCAACGAUCUCCAGCUGCUCGCGGACGCGCCCGCUCACUGCCUGUUCGUGCUGCUCGCACCUACGUCCUCCGCCACGUGUAUGCCCGAGGUGCUCUGCGUCAUACAGUUGUGUCUGGAAGGCAAUUUGUCCGACAGGUCGGUGAAGGACAACCUGGGUCGCGGCAGGAAGGCGGCUGGAGACCUGAUACCUUGGAAUAUCUGCGAGCAGUUCGGAGAUAAGGACUUCCCCAAACUAUCUGGGGCUAGGAUCGUUAGGAUCGCCACACAUCCAUCUUAUCAACGGAUGGGCUACGGGCGUCGCGCGCUGCAACAACUGGCGGCGUACUACUCGGGUGACAUCCCGUGUCUGGACGAAGUGGACAGCGACGAGGACACACAGACAGACGGACAGAACGGCUCGCUCCAUACAGAGGCCAUCGUUCCUAGAUCAAAGCCACCAACGUUACUCAAACGUUUAACAGAGGUUCGUGCAGAACACCUGGACUACUUGGGCACCAGUUUCGGCCUCACUGAAGAACUGCUGAAGUUCUGGAAGUCUCUAAAAUAUACACCGGUAUACCUGAGUCAAAAAUCGAACGAUCUGACCGGCGAACAUUCUUGCAUCAUGCUGCGCUCGUUGUCGGAGGGGGCUUGGCUCAACGCGUACAGCGCUGAUUUCCGCCUGAGAUUCUCCCGACUUCUGGGGAGAUCCUUCAGGAAGUUGCCCGCGUCUCUCGUACUGUCCACCAUCUCCAACGAAAGUGUAAAAAUUGAGAAACCCGAGCUUACGAAGGACCUAAUAGCACAGCACUUGUCCGGACACGACCUGACCCGGAUGGAGUCCUACUGCCGGCAGCAGGCUGACUACCGUCUCAUCACGGACCUCCUGCAGCCGGUCGCUCACAUCGUCUUCCACACGCGAUGUAAAACCAAACUGGACGCUAUACAACAAGUUAUACUUGUGGCGAUGGGAUUCCAAAUGAAAGAUGUUGACGACAUAGCAUCUGAGCUGGGUCUGCCUGGGUCACAGAUUCUAGCAAAAUUCUUUGAAGCAUGUAAGAAGAUUAAUACAGCACUGAACAAAAUUGUGGAGACAUCAGUGGCCGCGGAAAUUGGUAUAGAUGACAAGAAUGUGGAUGAUGUUAAAGAUGACGGCCCAGUGAGACAGAGCUUACAAGCAGAACUGUCUCAAGCUGCUAAGGAACUGGAGCGCAAACAACGCAAGGAGCUGUCGAAGCUGAUGGGCGAGGAUCUUCGCCAGUACAGCAUCAAGGGAGGAGAUCUGGAGUGGAAACAGGCACUGGCUGACACAAAGCAGAAACACAUCGUCUCUGUGAAAAGUCCACGCGCGACUGGUGCUCAAUGAACAUCAAGUGAGAUUUGGCCGUUUACCUCUUCCUAUAUAAAAAAAAAUCAUAAAAGUACCACACCGAUAUUUGUGUCCUAAGUGGGCCAUAUGUUUCCCGUCUCUUUCACUCCCCUCGAUACUCUCAUUCCAUGGCUUUCGUUCGACGUCGAUAAGGAGUGGCUAUCGGGGAUCACUUAACACAUCAGCGGUGAGAAGCGACUUGGAGACGAUAACAAGGAUAUAGAGGAGCUCGUCGAAUCACAAAACAAGAAGAAGAAAAAGAAAAAACAUAAUCGCAACCAAAUUUAAUAAAUAAUUGUUAAUGUUU